CACAUGGUGGUUUGGUUGGUUGUCUGAUCAACACGGUACUUUUCCGAGGGGUAUUCAAUUUUCUGGGAUGAUUCAGUUGGAGGUCUGCAUACCGGUAGAGGUGGAAGGCAAAUAUGGAGAGUUCUACCCCGGUGUCAUCAAUGGGUUGAAAUCCUUAGAAGAACUUAAUGUGACACUAUUAGAUUCUUCCCACUCGAAAGCCCUUGUGGAAUUCACUCUCCCUCCUUCCUCGUUGCGUCUCCCUCCAAAGGAUCCAGGAACAGUUCUAGAACCAGUCCAAGGACUAGAAGUUGAUGUGUUAAUCAGCUCAUCUCCUGGCGAGCCACCUGUAGACCAUGAGUUAUCAAGUGAUCCGAUUGCUUCUAAACUUUCUGCCUGGUGGCCUGCUGUUGUAAGGAAAAUUGGUGGGAGUUUUGUUAUUGUGGAGUUAAUGGCUGACUUCUCUUCUGAGAAUGCUGGUUCAAACGAAGUAACUGUCCUUCCCAACAAACGCAUUAGUGUCCCUCACCCUUCAUCACUUGAAAAAACAGAUAUUGUUGAAAAGCACCAAUUGAGACCACGGAUUCAUCAUCCCAAUCUUAGUGUCUCGUCCUUUCACAUCCAUGCUAUAGAUAUACCGGACGAGUUAGCUCCAUAUUGCAGAGAGCCUGCCAAUUACCAUCAUUUUGCGCGACGAUGUGGUUUGCCUGUCCUGAUCACUUUGGCGCCCGACACAUUUAAACCUGUGUCCCCAGUUAUUAAGGGGGACAGUGAGACGUACAACCUAAAGUCCCGUUUGCUCGUAAUUUCUACAGAUAUCUCCACAAUCAACAGGGCAUCUGUCAUCGACAACACGUUCGUUGACAUGCUGCGACAAAAAGUCUCCAUUUUGCAACAAACUGAAGAACUAUCCAAAAAGUUGGUGGCGUCGCGCCUUAAUCAGCAAUCACCAUUCGUUGAAGAAUUCCUCAUACCUCUGGAUUUAAUCCAUUAUGCAAUUGGCGCUCAAGGGUCAAAUAUUAGACGCGCUAGUGCUAUUGAAGGUGUACUUUCUGUCAAGCUAGACCGCCAGACUGGUAAUAUCAGGAUUUCUGGGAAGACUCAAGAUGCUGUUAAAAACGCGAAGAAGUUAUUGGACUUCUCUCAAGACAUCUUUCAGAUACCUAAAUCAUAUGUAGGUCCUAUCUUGGGAUCAGGUCGUCGACACGUUCAACAUAUCGUGGAUCGAGUGGGACUUGUUGGAAUCAAGAUUUCUAAAUCACCUGAAGACGAUCGUGAGCACGUUUCAUUCCAGUUAACGGGAACUCAGCAAGCCAUACGUGAUACACAGUUAUUUUUGGAGUUUCAAGUCGCAAGCUUACAGGAGUUAGAUCGGCUUCGUGGUGUUGAGAAUCCGCCGUCUAUAUUAAAACCCAAGGAUGCGACCAUCCCACUUAAAGAUAUUUCGAGGUUCUCGUUAGAUUUUGAAUAAAAUACUGAGCUUUUCAUCUAGUGUGUAUGUCUACCUAUUUCAAUCUUUGUGGUCUUCGAUUCAACAUAGUCUAUGGAAACCGUAUAAUCCUGACUGUUAAUAUUCAAGGGUUUUGGUUGUUGCACUACCUGUUUCGAACCAGCAUUUUUCAGUUUUCUUUGAUAUUAAACAUGGUAUUCUACUGGUGCCGUUGUCGGUAUUUUUAGUAAUUUUUUUUAUUUGUUUACUAUUAUUGCUACUUACUGAACAUUGACUUAUUACAAGUAUCCAAUCACAAACUUUUUCUUGAGCUACUGAAUAGGGUGACAGAAAAGGCUGCGUUUCUCUCUUAAAACUAUAAUGAACAGCGGGGUUGCCCUUAAAUACCCUGGUAUGGUCAAGAGUGAGGAGAGUUCGCUGUCGCUCUCUAAGUUCUCUCAUAUGGCCACGCUGAUAUAGCCAUUGCCUAGGAAGUCCUACUUGCUGCCUUCUGAUGAUCGGUGUUUAUGAAAUUGAAAGGACGAAAAGCAAAUGUCCGGCUCUUAAACCGGGUUGGUGGGCAUAGAGGAUCUAUCUAGGGGAGUUGAAAAACUCUGAUCCCAAACUAAUGGUGUUCAUGCGCUCCAGAAUCCUGAUGGAACAAAUGACGUAUGAACCUAUUCUUGGCCACCGAUAGUUAUGGGACCUCAUCUCUUGACGUCGCUACACUACCUCAUGGAUUAUUGUCGGUCAUCCAUUUACAAACAACUUGAUGAUCUGAUACAAACGUUCACUAGCCUAACUUGUCACACAAUGAUAGAAUGAUAGGACACUGCCAUAUUAAGACCGACUGUCACCGCCGGUGCUCACACGAUAAGUUUUCGAUCUUUUACAGUCGGUCUCUUGGAAUUUUAUCUUAGAUUGUUGAUGAUCUGUUUAGUCACAGACAAAAUAUCGUUAUUGGAUAUGACUUCCAAAUUAGCAUUCUUUCUAAUCAUAGAUGAAAAUAAAGACGGGAGAUACUUUGGAUUAGGUGUACUAUAUUAGGCAAUCCUAAGAUCAGAAAUAUUACGCUAGGAUUUUACUAAUCUUUAUGGUGUGAAACACUUCAAGUCAAAAAACAUUUGAUGUCUAGUAAUAAAAUUUUUCAAUGUAGACAAACAGUAGGGAACAUAUUUGAAUUUAGGAUAAAUAUGCAAGGUAUCGGAUUUUUAUAGAUCAUGUAAACAUAGAAGUCAGUAAGAAAUAAUAAUCCUUACAUAAAUGCCAAAUAAAAACUAGAUGCUCAUGAACUUCGAAGUGAAAGACACUCCAUAUCACCGUGUUCUUGAUGGAAGCACCAUAUUACAUAAAGUUGACUAAUAUUACUAUAUUUCAGGCCGUUAUCAGAAAGAAGACCCACUCAUCUAAUCUACUGUCAAAUGACUAAUAAAAUUGUUCAGUUUUCUUCGCCUAGAAAAAGUGAAUGAAAUUUUUUUGGAGUGUCCUACAUAGGAUGCAGUCGUGUUAAUCCCUGUUUAGCGAUGUUUUUAUCCCAUUUCGAAUAAAGAAAACGUACUUUCUUUGUAAUUGUAAUUGUAGCAAUGAUGAGUCUUCAAAUCCUCUCACACAUUCUGAAAAUGGUCAUCGUAUAUCAAACGGUGACAAUCAAAGUUCAAAAUGCAGUGAAUCUAACUAUGCUGUACAUUCAAAUAGUUGCUCAAAUAAGGAGGAUCCGGAGAAACAAGAAACUACUUAUAACAACAUUACAAAUUCACGUCCACAUCCUGGUGGACGUCAGCCCAAGCCGAGACCUCAAGUCAAUCACAUAAGACCAGAUUCUCGUCAAAUUCCUCGCAUUCAACGAGGCGGUGGUGAAAGUAUUCGCAAUAGUGGAAGUAAUCAUACAGGUGUUUCUAAGUCUUCGGCCAACCAUGUUAACUCCAAAAACCCUAAUCAGCAAAGAAAUCAACCGAAUCAUCGUUCGGAUUCCAUGGGACCUAGAGGACAAAAUAUGUGUGCCCCAAUUGUUAGCUGAAUAAAUUUUCCAGUUGGAGUUCAAUGAACAUUUUCAGUAGACCACUCAGUUUUAAGUGCUUACCCUUACCUCCGCUUUGACUAUCCAAAUAUCCCAUUUUAUUGUACCUUUAUUCAAUUCGGCUGUCAUUUCCUCUAUACACACUCACACUGUGUAAAUCAGAUUGGAUAACUGGAAACUUGUUUAAGGGUGAUUUUUAAAUAAUCUUUCUUAUUUUUAGUGCAUAUUACUAAAUAUUCUUUGCUUUUUUCUUCCUGGUGAUAUUCACGUAUUGUUUCAACCAGUUGUAAUCUUGAACCAUGUUCUGUAUAUUGUUUCUGUUAGUUUCUGGAUUCACCAACUAAUAAAAACAAAGUAUUAUCAUACUUGGUAAUUAUCCAUUUUUAGUAAACAUCUUUGCUUUCACCCGUAUCUGAACUUAUGGCAUUACCUCAACCUAAUACCUCAGAUUUAUGUACAAAUCAUGAACUAUAUGAAGGGUUAUCCUACUAUACUUGGUUUGUAUUAUAGUUUUUAUUUAGUGCGUUUAUUAUUCAUUUCAUGUUGACUUGUUUAUCGUAAAAAGUAGACCACAAUAAGAAUUAAUAUAGUGUGAGUUGUCAAUAUUCUGUCGCUUAGGAUUUAUCACCAUAUAAUUUGAAUUUGAAUCACUUUACUGUAGUACACGGCACUCAGUACAAUGUUUUAUAGCAAUCAGUUUUAAAGCAAAUGGUUCGUUUA